AAAUCAUUUUGAGGUCAAAAAUAAAAUAAAACAAAACCGUCGGUUCUUUGUGUACCACAUCUAUCGAAUCAAUCUCAUCGACCGGUCAGACAUGUCCUCAGCAGUCAUUCGGCGUUUGCCGCGACUCGUUGUCUUCGAUUUGGACCAUACAUUGUGGCCGUUCGGUGUGGACGGCUUUCGCUAUAUACCGCCGUAUCAUCGAAAAGACGGACACGUUUUUGACCGACAACAGCAACCGAUGCGUACGUUUUCCGAAGUACCCGAUAUUAUGAGACGACUGACUGCCGAUGGUAUUCAAAUUGGUGUGGCCUCGCGUACCGAAUACCCGUUGGGCGCCCACACACUCAUAGAUCUGUUCCAAUUGGAUCAGUUUGUCAACUAUCGGCAAAUAUAUCCCGGCCGUAAACUUAAACAUUUUGAACGCUUGAAAACCGAUUCGGGCGCCGAUUACCAACAGAUGAUGUUCUUCGAUGACGAACAACGAAACAUUGCUGACAUCGGACCGCUCGGUGUGACCGCAAUACUAGUCGAUCGUCAGACUGGUGUUACCCUUGAGAUUGUCAAUGAGGCCAUCAAACGGUUUGCCAGCAAAACGACGGCCGCGACCGGCGCUUAAAUAAUUGACAGGUUUUGACUGAAUCUCAACAGUCAUUACAAUAC